CCCUUUUUUGCCACGAAAAAUACCCUUUUCACACAGAGGCUUGGUCGUAUGGAACCGCCAGCCACCUUCACCUCAGUUAAUGUGGUCACUUUCGCACCUUGACAUCUCGACACCUUGACACCACACCUUUGCUCUUGCUACCUUCCAUUCUCACUCCCUCGGAACUACCGACACCACCACACACUCCAGCAUAGCAACAAUACUCCCUCUGCUUGCUACUCCGCAUCCAUUUGAGCAAUGGUUGAAAGCUUGCUGCACAUUGUCGGGGCAUGGGGUGCCUUUGGCAUCAUGGUCGCCAUACUCCUCGGCUUCUCUGUAUUCUUCACUCUAUACUACUCUGAUACGAGGGACCGAGAGCCCUUUGCCAUGAUCAUCACCGUUCUGGCCCUUACUCUCUGUCUCUCCACCGUCGCCCUCUUCCCCGUUGACAUUUUCUUGGUCUCCAAGACCCUGGACCCCUCCACAGGCCUCAGACGCGGAUGGGCCACGGACGAAGCCAUUGCUAGCAUGCAAUUAACUGUUAGGAUCGUCUACUAUGGUAAAGAGAGAGCUGUCGGCGUUUGUCUUGGACGGAUCAGUUCUCAAAGUAUGGUUUGCUUACCCCAUUGUUUCCUCUCUCUUUAUGCGGCUCUCUCCUCCGGUCCUGCUCCGUCCUAUUAAACGCAACGAUGACCACGUUGUAAAUAAAAACAACGUCGGCUCAACUGCCCCACUCGAUCGUCAUCGAUACUGCCGCCUUUACAGCUGCCUA